AUGAGUAACCAACCAAACUGGGAACAAUUGGCCAGACAAUUGAGAGACAGAGCUAGACAAGUUCAGAGCUCCAGCAUGCCAAAUGGUAAAGUCCCAAAGCCACCUAUUGCGGGUCUUACUGCCAUUUUGUUGUUAGGUGCCGGUGUCAUGGCCAUCAAUUCUUCUUUAUUUAACGUUGAAGGUGGUCACAGAGCCAUUAUCUACUCUCGUAUUGGAGGUAUUCAACCAACUAUUUAUAAUGAAGGUACCCAUAUUGCCAUUCCAUUCUUGCAGAAGGCUAUUGAUUAUGAUAUUAGAGCAAAGCCAAGAAAUGUUUCAAGUUUGACCGGGACUAAAGAUUUACAGAUGGUUAAUAUCACUUGUAGAGUGUUGUCCAAGCCAUCAGUCAACCAUUUGCCAACUAUUUACAGAACUUUAGGUAGUGACUAUGAUGAAAGAGUUUUGCCAUCUAUUAUCAAUGAAGUUUUGAAAUCUGUGGUUGCGCAAUUCAAUGCUUCUCAGUUAAUUACUCAAAGAGAAAAGGUUUCGAAAUUAAUUCGUGAAAAUUUGGUUAGAAGAGCUUCAAAGUUCCACAUUUUGUUGGAUGACGUCUCUUUGACUUACAUGACAUUCUCCCCAGAAUUCACUCAUGCAGUUGAGGCCAAGCAAAUUGCUCAGCAAGAUGCUCAAAGAUCCGCUUUUGUGGUUGACAAAGCUAGACAAGAGAAACAACAGAUGGUUGUGAAGGCUCAGGGUGAAGCCAAGUCUGCGGAAUUGAUUGGUGAGGCCAUUAAGAAGUCUAAGGAUUAUGUUGAAUUGAAGAGAUUGGAUACUGCCAGAGAAAUUGCUGGUAUAUUAGCCAAGUCUCCAAACAAGAUUAUUUUGGAUAAUGAGGCAUUAUUGUUGAACACUGCCAGUGACGCCAGAAACUAA